AUGAAAGUAACAUUUGGUAAUGAAUAUAUUAAAAAUUUCCUUGGGGAAUUUAUAGGAACAUUUGUUUUAAUGUUUCUCGGAGAAGGUGCAAUAGCUAAUCAUUUUGCUGUUCCGAUUAAAAAUGAUUGGUUAAGAUUAUGUAUUGGAUGGGGAUUAGGAGUAUUUUUUGGAAUUUUAAUAUCAGCAAAAUUAAGUGGAGCACAUUUAAAUCUAGCUGUUACCAUAGGUUUAUCAACAAUCAAAAAAUUUAAUUAUAAACAAAUACCACUAUAUUUUGCAGGACAACUCCUUGGAGCAUUAUCAGCAACUGCUUCAGUAUAUGGAUUAUAUUAUGGAUUUGUUUCAGAUCAAACAAUUCCUAAAUUUGCAUGGGAAACUGCAAAGCAUCCAAGUGUUCAUAUAGCAAGUGCUUUUAUGCAUGAAUUUAUAUUAACAGGCAUAUUACUUCUUGUAAUAUUAUCUGUUACAGAUGAAAAUAUAUGUGGAAAAUUUCAUGUUUUAAAAGUUAGUUCAAUUGUUGGAUUAGCUAUAAUAUGUAUUGGUAUAAGUUUUGGUGGUAAUACUGGUUUUGCUUUAAAUCCAUCCAGAGAUUUAGGGGCAAGAAUUCUUUCUGCUAUAGCAUAUGGAUCUGAUGCAUUUAUUAGAGAUAACUGUUAUUUUUGGAUUCCAUUAAUAGCCCCAAUUGUUGGUAGUAUAAUUUUUUGCCAAAUAUAUGAUAAAAUUGUUGCUCCCCUAGUUGAAAUAUCAGAACAUGAUAAAGGCGCUUUAGAAAUAUAA